CGAAAGGAGGGUGCUUCAUUGUUCUUCGCAUGGAGGUGGGUUGCACAGCUCUUCAGCACAUUCCCAUCGCGCAACAGGCCUCGGAGGACUACCCAGACGUGUGCACAUUCCUGCAGGUGAACUUCGCCAUCCCGCGGCAGAUCACGGUCACGGUCCACCCGGCCGUCGAUAGCGACGAUAAGCUCGACUGGGUGGGCGCGCAAACCACGGGGACCAUCAACCUCGAUGCCACGCUGGGGCUGGCCCCGGACGCUCAAUGGACGAUGGCAGUCAACGUCCGCCAGCUCGUCAACCUCCUCUCGCUACCGCGUGCCUUACGCGGCCACAACUGCUUCUCCGCCCGCAUCAUCCGCAUGGUGGACCGCAAGCUGACCCCAACAAAAGCCGGACCGACGCCCUUCGUCAGCGACGGCACCGAUCUUAGCUGGACGACGGUGGCGAGCGCCAACUACGGGCUGUCGAUCCAGUGGAAACCUCCGCAGCCGACGACUUGGCUGGCGGACUUCAUCAAGAACAGCCUCACGGUGGCGGCGGGAUUCCUGCCCCUCGUCGGCCCGGUAGCGGCGGUCUGCUUCCCGCUCGCGUGGACCGCGAUCGUCGAUCCCCGGGCCUUCGAUGGGAUCCUCAAGGAGCUCAUCCCCGUCGCGGACUUGGCGAUGAAAGUGGCGGGUAAUAUGCGGCGAAGUGCCGAGGAGCAGGUGUACUAUCUGCCGCAGGAGUGGUCCGCCACCGUCCACAACUUCAAGCUGCUGGCGGCGGAGAAACAGAGCGCGGCGGAGCAGGAACUGGCCAAGGCCACCCAACCGCCGGCACGCGCCAAGAUCCCCGCGCCGGAGAUGGUCAAGAAAUUCGAGGCCAUUCGCAAAUUCAAGUACUGGAAUCUGAUGAAGCCCCUACCUGCCGCGGUCACCGCCACCGAAACGACGGUCCGACUCGAUGCAGCGGGGGAGCCAGUUGAGGCGCCGCCGAAACCCGCAUUCGCCCCGGAAACCGCUCUUCCGGCUGUUCCUGCGCCGCUCCCCCUCGACCAGCUGAAGCCCAGCUCCUCAUUCCAGCUGGCGGGCCAGGUGCUUCAACAAUCCGCGGCCCCCGCGGCUACGGGUCAUAAUGAUGGCGCUUCGGGGGGGAUCUUGGAUGAGGUACGCCCCGAGGAGAAUCAGGCCAGAGGAGCCACCAUCGAUGAGAGCUGGCUGGAUGCAUAUCUCCACGAGGAGCUCUUUGGAGAUGACUAGUGAGUGAAUAUGAGCACGCUAGUCUGGUCUUUCAGAGCGGGUUGAUUUUCCCCUGGCAAAAGUAUCUCAUCUUAAUCGCCUUCUGUAUUGCGUUCGACUGUAUGCAUCUGUGUCUAUCGUAAGCGAUCCAAAUUGACACCAAACUAUUUACCCG